GAUCACGAACAUCAUCGUGCCUAUGUUCCCACAAACAAAGCGUCAUCGUACGAUCCGGUUCUUACCGGUGCGCGAACUAAAUUGACCGAAAAAUUUCUCCGCGGUAAAGAAUCUUGCCCGGGCGUAGAGAAUAUUAGUGCAGUGCCUACCGGCUCCAGCUUGGUCGGAUAAUUAAUUUCUCAAGCUCAGCGGCUCAUCAUCUCCAUAGUUGCCGGUGACUGGCGGCAUCGAGCAAAGUACUGAUCGAAAGGGAGCUUUUCUGUCUGGUGGCUUUUCUGAAGCUAUCGCUUUGUUCUUCUAUUCUUCGAUGGAAGGCGACUAACGUUGGUGGCAUGCGAUUGCAAUUUAAUAACUUGAGUGGUGAAAUUGAUUAUCUAUGUUAAGUAUAUUUCACGCCGCACAAUUUAUUCUACUUCGGUAUUUAUUGUUAAGGCAUUCAUUCUUCACUCUUUUCCAUUUACAUAUUAACAUUCGUGCCUCCGAUAUAACAUAGCAAGGUAUUGCUAGAUUUUAGUUGCCUUGAGACCACCAACGGGGCCAUAGGGAGACAUUCUAAACUAUCCUCCAGGGAUCAAUCAAUAUUGGAAUUACUCUGUAAUUGCUAUUCUUUCUAUUUGCUCGCGUAAAUUACUACUUCGCUCAAGGUAUGCAGUAAAACUCACUUGUUCUACAGUUCUUUGCUCAGUUGUGUUUCAUCCUGCUGAAGUAACAAUCACAAAACAUGUUGCAUGGCGUGUUGUUUGCAGCGUUCGGUUGUGUCAUCCUAAGCACUAUUGCUCACUCGAAGUUGGAACCAAAGGCAGAUGAUUUCAAGUUACGAACCAUAGUUUCACUACUCGACCGUAUCCUGCUGGAGGCAAAUGCAAUGUCGAUAGAAACGUACAGCUUCGUGGCAAUGAAGGAGCACUUCUUUUGCGACGUGAUUGAUGAUCUUGCGCGGAAGUACAACGCACUAAUGGCACCGAUGUAUAACAACGCUAUACCGGCCUACGUCCAGAGUAGACAGUUGGUUGUAAUCGGUGCAGAUGAUGCUGAUAAUAUCAUGGUAUGAUAAGUAUUAAGCAAUAUCUCGCAAAACAGUAACCUUUUAUCUUCAUCUGUAGAACUCUUUUGUGAAGGCUUUCGCACAUCACCAACCAAACUACUUCGCUGCGAAUAGUCGCAACAUUUAUGUCGUUUUAAUCCUAUCCGAUGUACGCUACCUGGACGCUGGAAUCAUCAUACUGCUAAACGAGUACCUAACGUCUAUUAAUUUCAUUGUUGUUACGCCACCUAAACGGCAAUCUCAACCACCGUUAGUGAUCGGUAUCGAUUACGAGGUAAAAUUGGUGAUCGUGCCCCAUCACGUGUCUAUGCGGGAAAUGUUUUCCGAUCGCUUCCAGGCAGAUCGGUUCCCGGUGGUACAGGUGCGUGGUUACGAUUUUUCCAAAAACACACAAUCGAUCAGAAAAGUAAAAUCGCAUCAAUACGAUUGGUAUGUGUUUCGAACAAUUCUGGAACACAUGAAGCUUCGCUGGAAGCUAGAAAUUUAUCGCUCUGAUCCUACUGUGGAGCUGAUGCAAUGGUUCAACAAGCAGCUCGAAGCCGGUAAAAUACAUAUCUUUUUCGAUCGCAACUUUCGCGCAGAUUUGAUGUCCGUAUCACACAUUUUGCCGGAAAUGAACGGAGUGUGUCUAGUGAUUCCGAAAACAGAAAAGUCCCAAAUACUGCAACAUCUUACGACGCCUCUUCUAUCGACGACAUGGUUUGCGCUGAUCAUUUGCCUUGCAGUCGGUUCGCUUCUGGCUCAUCGUUACUUCAAAAACGGUCUAAUUGCUGCACUCAUCUUUGGCGUGGACCUGAACGCUCCAGGUUUAUCGCGAACAGAGCGUACCGUCCUGUUCGCUAGUGUGUUAGUAUUCUUCAUCCUUUCCGAAGCGUACCAGGCAAAGCUACUGUCACUAAUGAGCUCCUGCCGCUAUCCACCCGAUCCGAAAACGCUGGCCGAAUUCCUGCAGACCGACACCAUGCUGUACGUGGGCGAAGCAACAGCUACCGUGACUUCGUUCCGAUCGGAGUUCAAAAGACACGUCCGGAAAGCGACCGAUUACAGGUUUUCGUUCGAUGGUGGACAGUCCUACGGAACAUUGUUUCGGUGUCUCAAUGCGUGGGAUAUGUACUUGGAUUGGAUCUACCAACAGUACGAUCGGUACGGAUACAACGUUCGCCCACACGUACAUAUCGUGGGCGAGAAGAUCCUUUCGGUACCGGCUUCGUAUACGUUUUCUCGGACAUUCUUGCUGUAUCCUCACUUUAAGAAAUAUCUAUCACAAAUAUUCGAAAGCGGCUUAAUCCGACACUGGCAAUCGGAGCAGGAUCGUCAGCAGCAGUUUCAACAGAAGUUUGAAUUCGUUGAGAACACUAUUAUUAGUUUCAAUGAUCUAAUAAUGGUGUGGACGGUUCUCGGGAUCGGACAUGCUUUGGCACUGGUUGUAUUUUUGAUGGAGUUUUCAUUUAUUGUCCUAAAGCAGUACGCUAGGAAAUGUAAGUCAAAGCGCAUGCAACAAUUGUUUGUUUAAUCCAAAAAAUACGCAUCAAUGGUUUGAACCAAACUAAAAUAAGAUAAAGCGGUUACUGGCAUUUUCGUAGUGAAAAAUUAUCUAUCCAAUAAAUGACACUAUAUGCAAAAGUAACUCUUAAUUCAACGCUCCAUUAUCAGCAGGUCACAUUUUAACAAUCGCCCAUCUUCCAUAAAGCUUAACGGUUUUGUGCCUUGAUUCAAUUUCAUGAUGUCAUUAUUGGCUGCAUUUUUCACUCACGCGUCCUGGGCGUGCUGUGUAAAGUUAAUUGUGUCGUAAAGCUUACGAAUCACUGCAGGAUAAACCCGAACGCUCCCAUAAACAGCCACCGGAGCAUCAGCAGGCGACCAUCGCAAAACAUUGGUUUGCAUCCC